AUGUAUCGUCUGAUAAAGACGCAAAAAACAAAGCGGGGGGGGACGCGUGAUUGUUGGCGUGCCUGUGUUCGGGAACGUUCGUCAACGCGUUCGGUGUUGAAAGCGUUCCUGUACAAAACUACGUUUCGUUCCAAUAAAGUGAAAUUGAAAGCCGAGAGCCGCAUUACUUCCAUUCGUCCGCGCAAGCCUACGGGGGCAAAGUGUUUUGCCGUUCGUAACUAUGACUACCGCUUUAAGAAGACGCGAUAUACGCGUGGGCCAGGACAUUGUCGACAGCGAGUUCGAAAAGGAUCGAUCGUUUUGCACAACAAGAGUUUCCCUUAUCGGUACAGAAUGAACGACAAAGACGAUAGCGCCUGGGUUUUCGACUCCCUAAUCGGUUUCCUUCAGGGUCCGAUUUGGUCCGCGCCUCUGAUCACCUUCAUAGAGGAAAAAUCGCUCAUAUUCGAAGCGGGCGUCGAAGAAAACGACGAGUACCAGAAGAUAUAUCAAGAGUACAAAAAUUUGGUGGAUUUAUUGCUCGGUUGUUUCAUGGAAGACAUGGGGAUCACUCCGGAGCAAUUUGAGUAUGCUUGUACCGUCAACAAAUAUACGAAAAUGCCUAUACAGUUUCAACAAAACUUGUUCGAGCAAAUAUGGGCGGCGAACGAGUACGAGAUAUUCAAGAGAAUGAUGAUACAGAAGAAUCUGGAACUGCAAUUGCAGGCAUUGAACAUGAUCGAGCAGAAGUAUGGUCUGACGCCCGCGUCCUUGAUGUACGAAACGGACGGAUUGCACGACGACACAUUGGUCAUGGAAGAAAUAAUUCAGAAACACGCUCUGAGCGACGAUCCGGAAGAAGAGCAGGACAUAUCGUCGGAAACGUCGCUCAUCAAGGAGCACGAACGCUUGGCAGCCAAAUACCAUAACGAAAGAGCAUUGUUGGAAGAAGCUUUGAAGGCGUCUCAGGAGAAGACACCGGAAACGGAAUCCCUGUCGUCGCCGGCCGAAGAAGAAGACGAGGAAGAGGAGGAGGAGACUGGAAACGCCUCAAAAAUCAAACGAACGAUUCCGCUCGAUCCGACACCGUCCGACGAGUCGAAGUCGGACGAACCAAAUGUGUCGGAGGAGGACAUAAAGAAGAGGCAGGCUUAUCUGAAAGCUAGACGGGAUAAGUUGGUGGCUUUGAAGAAAGAGGCGAGAAGUCAACGGUUAGAGAUGAAUUCGACGCGGCCGUGUUCGGCCAGAACGGUCGCCGAGGCGACCAUAAAGGGGGAACAAGAACUAAAAUUACCAGAGCCGCUGGAACCAUCCAUACUCCAAGUACGCAAAGCGCUUGCGGCUCGCCUCCAAGCCGAGGUUGUACGUAAGCAAACGAACUAAUAAUAAUCCUCUGACAUUUCAACAUUAAUUUAACGAAACUUCUCGAUCGUACGGGGACGACAAUGGUUUUUUGUCGGGGGAAUGGUAAGAAUAGAUCAUUGGAACUUCAACAGGGUGACGUCGUAAAUGUUUCUUUUCGCGGACGUUGCAUAAAAUUAGAGCGUAAGUGAUAGAUAAAAUACCAAGUCGAAUGAUACAGUCGGUGUGAAACGAUGAAUAAAGAGUUAUUUCGUUUCACGUGAUUCUAAACGAUCUAUCUCUGUAUCGAGAAAAAGCAUUUUUUUAAGUGAAACGUUAGAAACUUAAUGUUACGGUUGCACACUCGUAGCUCAGCAAUCUAUUUCCGUUUGUGAGUACCGAUGAAAUCAUAUGUGAAGACUUUUAAGGUCACUUGCACUAUUUUCUCUCAGGCGUUCGAUGCGUUUUAUACGGCAUAUUUUAAACCUAAAUAUUGCUAAAUUAAAUUAGAAUAAAAAAAGUGAAGAUUUCUUUUAUA